CGUAACGAACGCCGUGUGCUGGUGAUGUCGGCUGUCCUGGCCGUUAUAUUUCGAUGAUUAUUUUAUAUAAGUUUGAUUAAAAAAUAAUAAUUAUAAAUCUAAAAUCUAAACAAGCGUGUCCGUCCGUUAUUUAUUUAACUUUAAAUAAAUAAUAAUAAUUAUAAAACCAACAACAACAAUAAUAUCACAGUGUGAUUUAAAAUAAUUAUAAAUAUAUAUAUAAUAAUAAAAAUAAUAAUAAUAAUAAUCGUAGUCGUACUAAAUAAUUAUGCCAAACAAGCAAAAGAAAGACAAGGUGCGUUUAUUGAAGUAAAAAAUAAUAAAAUUUUGAAACUCAUGUUUUUACAAGUAUAAAAAUUGUUUUUGUUAUUAUUCGACUUAGUGGUGGAAUUUACGCGUGAAACUAAAUUCGUGAUUUUAUUUAAACUAAUUUUCUUUCUUAUUCGUGUUUUUCUAUCUACUCUCUUCGUCAUCAUCGUCGUCUGGUCUUCGACUUUGUAACUGUCGUCGUGGUGCCGCAGGAAAUAAUCUACCAGAAAGAAUAUUAAUAAAUAAAUCAAACCAGCUUAUUAUUUUUUGAGAGAAAUAUAUAAUAUAUAUAUUUAUAUAUUUAUACAUAUAUAGAUAUAUAUACGUAGGGGGGAACACACACACAACCCGGCAAUCUUGGCUGCCACCAGCUAUCAUCAUCGUCUAGUAACACGUAUCCUGAUUCAGCAAUCAUCACCUUGCUCUAUAUUUAUAUUUAAAUAAUAAAUAAACAACAGCCGUACAACAAAAAGGGUCUACACAGUCUAUACAUUUAACAACAAGAAGAAUAAUAAAUAUAAUAAUAUAAUAUAAUAUUUAAUAACCGCGUUUAUUAAUUGCCUACUUACGACAAUACGCGUUCAUUAUCGUCAAAAAUAAUAAUGGAGUCGGGAAAACCCAAGGACAAGACCAAGAAUGGCAAGGAUCCAGAACCCGGUGACGAGAAUAAUAAAGUGGCGGGUGGACCGCCUGGAGGUAGCACUCCACCACCGCCUACGCUGAUCAACAAAAUGAAAUACCAACCGGGUGGCCCGGUUAUCAAGAAGGACAAACGCCAAAACAGCUCGAGGUUCAAUAUAUCUAAAAAUCGUGAACUGCAAAAAUUACCCUUUAUUGCUGAAGCACAAGCGCCAAAUGAGAGAGAAGAACUUUUUAUUCAGAAGUUACGGCAGUGCUGUGUGUUAUUUGAUUUUGAAUCUGAUCCACUGUCUGAUUUAAAAUGGAAAGAAGUAAAACGAGGUGCAUUACUCGAAAUGGUCGAAUAUGUUACCAAGAAUAAAGGCGUAAUUACAGAAGUUAUUUAUCCCGAGGCAGUAAAUAUGUUUGCUGUGAAUCUGUUCCGGACCCUCCCACCGUCCUCGAAUCCGAAUGGCGCCGAGUUUGAUCCGGAAGAGGACGAGCCAACCCUCGAGGCUGCCUGGCCGCACUUACAAUUGGUGUAUGAAUUUUUCCUACGACUACUCGAGUCACCGGAUUUCCAGCCGACAAUUGCUAAACGUUAUAUAGAUCAUAAGUUUGUGUUACAACUGCUGGAGCUAUUCGACUCAGAGGAUCCUCGUGAACGUGAUUUUUUGAAGACGACACUCCACAGAAUUUAUGGAAAAUUUUUGGGUCUACGCGCGUACAUCAGAAAGCAGAUAAACAAUGUUUUUUAUCGAUUUAUUUAUGAAACUGAGCAUCACAAUGGAAUUGCAGAGUUGCUAGAGAUUCUCGGAAGUAUUAUCAAUGGUUUCGCUUUACCGCUCAAAGAGGAGCACAAGAUAUUUUUGCUAAAAGUUCUUUUACCUCUUCACAAAGCCAAGUCGUUGUCUGUUUAUCAUCCACAGCUUGCAUACUGUGUUGUGCAGUUUCUUGAAAAGGAUCCAAAUUUAACGGAGCCAGUCAUUAAAAAUCUUCUUAAAUUUUGGCCGAAAACCCACUCGCCCAAGGAGGUCAUGUUCCUCAAUGAACUCGAGGAGAUUUUAGACGUUAUUGAGCCAGCCGAGUUCCAGAAAGUAAUGGAUCCCCUGUUUAGACAGCUCGCUAAGUGCGUUUCUUCCCCACACUUUCAGGUGGCGGAGAGAACAUUGUACUACUGGAAUAAUGAGUACAUAAUGUCUCUAAUAUCCGACAAUUACUCGUUUAUUUUACCAAUAAUGUAUCCGGCGUUAUAUAAAAACUCUCGUAAUCAUUGGAACAAAACAAUUCAUGGAUUGAUUUAUAAUGCAUUAAAACGUCUUAUGGAAAUGAAUCAGAAGGUGUUUGAUGAGUGUACUCAGCAAUAUUUUCAGGAUCGGCAGAAAGAAAAACGAAUGCUGAAAGAUCGUGAUGAAGCGUGGAAUCGCGUGGAAACUCUCGCAAUGCGACAUCCGAGUUACACGGUCGUUACAAAAGGCCUCCUAAAUAAUUCUCACAAUCUGUCGCAGCAUUUGGACAGUCCUCCGUUGGACGAGGACGCUGAUAAUGAUGUGACACCACUUACAUUAGAAAAAAUCGAGGCUAAGGCUAACGAGGCAAAGAAGAUGACGAAUACCAACAAAACGAAGCCGUUGUUACGAAGAAAAAGUGAACUACCACAAGACUCGUAUACAAUGCGAGCUCUCUCAGAUCAUAAACGUGCUGAUGAAUACCUCGUUACACCACCAGAUCCAAACAACUGCUAGUCCCUGCCGAUUUCCCUUGCGAUGUAUCCUCUCUUCUGCUGCAGAUAUUCCAGAGUAAGAGUUUGAGAUCUCUGAGGCUGAGUGAAAUUUUUAAACGUUGCAAAAAUAACUUGCGGAUGUCGGAUAUCUGCUUUUUAUUCUGUUAUUAAAUCUUAGUUUGUCUCUUUUAAAAUUAAUGUCAUCAUCUUAACAAAUAACAAAAGAACAAAAAGAUUAAAAGUUAACUAUUAAUUUUCCAGUUAAUGACAGAAAAAUAAAUUGCAGACCGAAUAAUCACAGUUUAUGAUAAAUAUCUUUUGGAUAAUAAACGACGAUUAGUAAUUAAAUUUAAUAAUAAAAUAAUCAUCAAGCUUACCUGCGGUUAUUAAUAGACCGUAGAGUGCAAUUUAUUGUAUGUAAAGAAAAAAAAAAAAAAUACUAAAAAAUAAUAAACGAAGAGAAUUAUUUCUCGCAAGACUUUUUGUACGAUGAGAUAGAUAAUGCUUAACUGCGCUUUAUGGUGAGCAUCUUAAUUAUUAAAUACGAAAACAUAAAUAUUAAAACUUGAAGUUUUAUAAUUUAAAUUUAAUCAGUUUAUUCAGUUUUAAAUUUUCGCUGUGAAUUUAAAAAUUGAGUCGACAUGAAAGAUUCAUAAUACGAAGUUUAAAUUGUUUAAAAUUAUAUAUUAUAAAUGAACAAACACAAACUAAAAAAUUAAUAAUAAUAAUAAUAAUAAUAAUAAGAGAAAAAAGAUGAAAUAAUAAAAUUAAAUUUACGGAACCUUUUUUUCCUCAAAGAAUUUUUGCAAUACCGCCAAAUUUCCUCGGGUUUUAGGGAAUCAAAUGGACUGCCUCUUAUCGAGCACUCACCAAGGUGCCAAGGCCACUCGGAUGGUAGUUACUAUUACAAUUAUUACUUUUAUUAUUAUUAAUUAUUAAUUUUAUUAGAUAUUAAAGAUAAGUAUGUAUAAAUCCUUGUAUCAUCGGGCCGAAUUAUGUUCCACUAGAUGCCUUCUGUCACAUAACUAAACCCAGCAAGUUUAAAUAUUAAAUAAAUAAAAAUAAUAAUGAUAAUAAUAAUCAGCGUUUGUAAAACUUUAGAAUCGUUCGCUUAAAUAACAUUGACAUAGUAAAUCAUCACUUGGCAUUUGAAAUUUUUUGGUCUUGCUAUGUUGUGGCUAAAAAUUAUAUAUUUAAUAAAACAAAAGUAAAAUAAUAAUACAGAAAAAUAAAAAAAAAGUAAUAAUAGUAAUUAAAAAUGAAAAAACUUGUAAGUCUUUAUGCUGCUGGCAGGCUGUUUAUAAACCUUGUUGAAAAAAAAAAUAUAUAUAUAUAGUAAAGCUCUUAUUGUAAAGCUAAAAUUACAAACGAUGAAAAAAAAAUUAAAAUUAAAAUGAAAAGAAAUUAAUAACAAUACAAUAAUGAAUGAGAAUUAAUUAUUAAUUUUAUUAUUUUUAUGUUAAUAUAGUUAAUACCUUAGUAUUAUAAUUAAUUAAUUAAUUAAUAAACUACAAUAGCUAUUAAUUAUCAGAAAUAUUUAAUGCUAAUGAAAUAAAACUGAAUACAAAUGUGUAUAAAAAAAUAUUAAAAUUGAUAACGAGGUAAAUGCGAAUUUAAAAUGUAAAAGUUUCGAACAAAAUAUAAAAGACCGCGAAUAUUUUUGUGACACGUGCUCGGCUACUAUAUUAAAUAUAUUCAUAAUUUUUGUCUACUUUCUUUAUUUUAUUUUUUUUUAUUCUUAUGAGGAGAAUCACAAAACUCGCGAGUAUUUCGAAUGGAUAAUUAAAUGAAUAUACCUUAUACAUAUAAAUAUAUAUUAGUAUUAAUUGAAUGUGCAGCAAUGUUGGUUAAAGAAAAUCAGUAUUGAUUAUAUAAAUAAAUAAAAAUUCGCAUGAAUGUUACGUAUGCAAAUGCUUUACAUACAAAUUUAUAAAUAUUAAAAAAAAAAAAAAUAUAAAGUUGAGAAUGUCUCUAUUAAAUAAAAAUAAGAUUGGAAUUUAUAUGUCACGGUUGCCCCUUUCCAUCAGAUAACGAAUCCUCCAAUUCGGCAUGCAGUUACUCAUCCGUGCCCUGUGAUUAUUCAUUAAGAUCCUCUCUGAGCUUGUUAUUUUUCAACACUAAAUUAUUAUCACAGUAUUCUUGGAUAAAUUAAAUUAUUGACACACUUUGAUGUCCUCGGCCGAAACUCUCUUAACAUUGGAUUUUUUGAAAAAUUUAUUUUUUACAUUUUCUGUUAGGAAACUGUAAUUUUCAAGUUUCAAAAGCUGUACAAAAACCGCCAAUUAACUACUGAAAUUUUGGAAAUCUUUUUUUUUUAAGAUUUAUUUAAGGAAAUUUCAAUGAUCCUGAAAUUAACUGACAAUUAACAACUUCUGGAUUUUUUGUCGUCUUAAUUUAAUUGAAAGAAAAAAAAAAACCAAAAAUAUGCACAUGAAGAAAAUUAAAAAAACUAUUGGUGCAAUUUUCUGAAAUAUUUUUUUUCUUUUUUUUAUUUGUUUUUAAAAAAGUCCAAAAAUUAUUAGACGUCGGCUAAUUUCAGUAUCAUAAUUUUCGUUGUAUCCACGUGUUUUAAGGAUGAAAAAAAAAUAUUAAAAAUUAAUUUUUCGUCCUACUAAAUUUUGAAACUCGAGAACAAAAUUUUCUACUGAGGACGUAAAUAUAUUUGAACUUGUUUUAUGAUUUUUACUUUUAUAAAAAAUUUUAAAUUAUGGCGAAUAUUACAUUCAUGUAUCAUUAAAACUCCAAUAGAUUGAUAGUUCAUAAAUCACACAACAAGGGUACUUAUAAUAAUCAAAUUAAAUAAACGGAAUUAACUAAUAGAGAAAAAAAAUUAAAUACGAAAUAAUUUUUUUUGUUUCACUAAAUGUAAAUAAUAAAUAUAAGACUAAUUAACUAGUUCAACGUUAAUAAAAUGUGUUAAAAAUAUUCAGGAGUAAAAUAUUUAUCAUUAACAUUGCGACAAAGAAAAAGUUGAUGAAAACUUCAUUGAAGUUUUGGAAAUUUAAAUCCUCAAUUUACGAACGAAAAAAAAAAAAUUUUGAUCGUAGGACAUACAGUGCGAUCGGGCUUGAGGUGUGCAAAAAAUAAAUAACAUAGAAAUAAAUUUGUCAGUACUGCGUUGUCUAUAAUUGAUGUUAAAUCUGUAGUCUCUCAUUUUCUUUCAUCAGGACUCUAGCUGUACGAUGAUUUCGAUACUCAAAAAUUAUUUUGUAUGCUGAAAUA